CACUAAGACACCAACCCUGACGCGCCUGAAUUGCCAACGAAUCUUCCUCUAGUCAACAUUCCACAGUCAAUCGCAAUUAUUCAUUCAUGGCGGUAAACGUCGCAUCGCAUUGAUACUUCAAUCCUACAUAUCCGAAUGUCCACAUGUCACCAUCCAGAUUGCCCCUAAUGGAGACUUCAGAUAAUAACGCGACCUCCUCUCCCGCGUCCGCCCCCGACGUUUCGCGACGAAGAUCCGGACGCGUUGUGAGAGCCCCUCAGAAAUUCUCUCCUGAACCACAGAACGAUAAUUCGACAUCCAAGCGCAAGAGAGGUCCUGAUCGCGACGAGGAAGAUGGCGAGAACGAGUCGCCCGCCGAGGAUGAAGAUGAAGAAUUAAGCGACCCCGAGGAAGAAGAAGAUGCUGAGGAGGAAUCCACUUCUAGAUCUAAGAGGUCUAAAUCAAAGCAAAAAUCUCGAUCCAAGAAGCCAGCAGCCAAGCGCGCGAAAGUGAAUGGUAGCGCUCCAGUAGAUGCCGUGUCUGCACCAAAUGCGCCUGCUGUUAGACUUCCAAACAGACCAAAGAAGACUGUUAGAGUUACCAUUGCUCACCCAGAUGGAGAUGGUCUUUAUGUUGAUGUGUUUGGUUCCGGCGAUUCUUCCAAUGACGUCGCCACGCAUUGGUUCCAACGUUACGAACAAGAUAACGCUAAGGCAUUGACGGACGUUAUUAACUGCGUUUUGCUUGCAGCCGGUUGUGACCAACAGUUAACAGAAGACGAUAUUCAAGACCCGGACAACUCCGCGAACAGAUUGUCGGAGCUUGAGGAUGCGUAUCAGCAGACAAAUAUUUCCGAUUACCCUCUUAUCUCGAGGGCAAAGAGCAGUAAAAACUUCCGGGAACUCCUCGUUGGGUUCUUCGAGUCUCUGGUCAAUGUACUUCAUGAGACUGAUGUCCUCUACAAUAACGAAGAUUUGUUGGACAAUAUCCAGCGAUGGGUUGGCAUUAUGUCGUCGUCUUCGUUACGGCCCUUCAGACAUACGGCCACAACUGUAGGACUAGCAAUACUCUCUUCGCUCAUUGCGGUUGCGAAGUCGCUUGAUGAAAGAAUUACGAAGUCCAACCAAGCUUUACAGGCCGAGUCUGGCCGCCGAGGCAAGAACAAGCACCUCGUCGAGAAUACGAAAAAGGCUCUUGAUGCUGCAACCCGCAGCCGCGAGUUCGUUGAUGGAAAGGUAAAGGAUCUUUUCGACAUUGUUUUCGUUCAUCGAUACCGGGAUAUCGAUCCUAAAAUCCGUGCCGAGUGUAUCGAAGCGCUUGGUACCUGGAUUUGUACCCUUCCAACUGUGUAUAUGUCUCCCGAGUAUUUGCGAUACCUAGGAUGGUUACUAUCAGAUGUUUCGGUGUCUACUCGGCUAGAGGUUCUAAAACAAUUGGCAAGAGUCCUAAAGCGGGACGCAGAGAAGUUGGCCCACUUUAUCGACAGAUUUAGACCCCGUCUGGUCGAAAUGGCCACUAAAGACUCCGAUAUCUCAGUUCGCGUUGCUGCGAUUGGAGUUGUCGAUAUCUUACGUGCGUCGGGUAUGCUCGAGCCUGAGGAAGUGGACUCGGUUAGCAAAUUGCUCUUCGACUCCGAGCUAAGGAUCCGUAAAGCCGUCGUUGGCUUCUUUUCCGCGUUGGUUCAGGAGUUAAUUGACACUAAAAUAGACGAUAUCGGUGGCAGCGAUGCGCUAGAAGAAGUAUUUGGAGAUGAAGAAGAGGACGACUAUGAUUCUCUGCGGAAAGAUUGGGUUAAUAUCAAAGCCCUCGCGGAAAACCUUGCCGUUUACGAUGCUCAGCUAGAUGACGAACAAGACGAGAUACGUCAUGGAUUGGAUGUAGCGGCAGAUGUGGUUAAUGCUAAUACGCCAGACUCACGAAUUGCGCUGGCGACUCAGGUCCUCCACGAAAAAAUACCUGAAAUCAGCAACUGGCAGAUUCUUGCUGGGUACUUGUUAUUUGAUCAUUCCACCAGCGCAAAGUCUCGACAAAGUUCGAAAACAAAUUCUGUUGAGGCGGCUACGAAGAAAGCUGUUGCUCCUGACCCUCGAGAGGAAGUCAUCCUACUUGAGGUUCUCGCAGCCGCAGUAAAGGAGAGCCUCUUGCCAUCGGCAGAGCACGAUAGACACAAGAAGAAGACUGGCAGACUUGACACAGAUGCACAGGAAGAUGCUGGCGUAAAACUGGCCUCGCUCAUCCCUCGUCUCCUGAGCAAGUUCGGAUCGGACCCAGCCAUGGCCGCCACUGUAUUAAGAUUAGAGCAUUUCCUUGAUUUGGAAGUGUUCCAACAGCUACGCCAAAAUUCGGCGACGUAUGAUAAACUUCUCGAUGAGAUUACGACUCAGUUCAACCGUCACGUUGACCAGGCACUCUUGAACGAGGCAGCCACUGCGCUCAUUCAUGCUCGGCAAUAUGAGGAGCUUGAGGAGGUGACCGACAAUAAAUUAGCGGUACUCUGGGACAAUUCACUCAACUCUUUGCGGGGCAUAGAUAAGAUCUGUGAAUUGUCAAGUCGAUUGAAUCUUGAUCGGGCGAAUCUUACCGAGCUUUCGCAGAUCCUAAUGAAAAUCAGCAAGUUGGUCGCUAUAUCUGAUUGCGUGGACGUUUUAGAAACACCAGGUACAUCUCGGGACUCUGACCAGCCAGCUAUCAAAAUUCUCACCGGCAUUGUGCACCGUGGUUUGUUAACAGAGCCGAACGAAGAACUUGAUGAUCCCGAGGACGAAAUCGUUGCUUUUGCUAUAAAAGCAAGUCAAUUCUACUUUAUGUGGAAAGUAAGAAGAUUACGAAGCAUGGUUGAAAACAAUGAAGAUAUACUCGAUAGCGAUGUCGAUCAGCUUGUUAUCUUGCGCAGAGAUUUCGUCACAAACCUCAUUGAGACAUUUUCUUCUCGAGGUUUCAACGACGACCUUCGCCUUUUUGCUGUCGGUACAGCUUGCGACCUCUGUGGCUUAUUCGUCUUCCUUCGGCCUGUUACCCAAGACCCGCAAACCCCCAAGUACACAAAACUACGUCCCCUGCUCGAAGAAUUGCCCCAAGCCCUAAUCACCCAAGAGAUCAUCCCCAUAUUUGAUGCAGCAGAGCGGGCAUAUGCAAAGCGGGGUAACAAGCAAUUGAACGAACCUUUAGAUGACGAAGAUCCCCUAGACGACGAAUUGCCGCCUGAGGAUGAUGACGAAGAGGAACUUACAGAGCAGGAGCGUUUCGCGGCAGAACUGAAGGCAGAGAAGAUCCUUUGUGAGCUCACUGGCAAGCUCGUCCUUGCUAUCUUAGCGAAGACCAUCGAUCACAGUGGGCCAGACGCAGGGAAGUUACGUAAACGUCUCAACCGCAACAAGACGAAGCUCGGAAAUAACUACAAGGACAUCGUAGCGUACCUAGACGAAGACCAUCUCCGCGAGCUACGAGGCGGAAAGAAAAAGCCUGCAGCUAAGGCUAAAGGCAAGGAAGCAGCGAAGAAGCCGGCCCUUAGUGCGGAGUUGGUUAUCGAGGACGACGAUGAUGACGAGAAUCCAAGAGUGGAUGAUCCGUUCGAUGAACCCGAGGCUGAGGCUGAGAUUGAGGUUGAAGCAGAACUUGACCUCGAGCCCGAACCCGAACCCGAGGAGGGUACUGUUGAGGACCUAAGGCAAAGGGAGCUGCUCGACGAUCCCAUCGAGGACGACGAGGAUGAGGAGAGACCUGCAGGAGAACCGAUGGAGGACGACGACGUGAUCGGGGAUUGAUUAAAUACCUACCUAGGUACUACCUGAAAAUGGGCCAGGCUAAACCUGGCUGGCUGUAAUGAGACGACCUUUUUACUACUACACUCUACCUUUAUUCGUGUACCUACUUUACGGCUUGGACGGGAACAUGGAAUGACUUACGGACGCGCGCGCAAAGGGGGGAGGAUCCCUAGAGUUGAUUGACUGAUUGAUACGAUUCACCGUGACGUACGUGGAGCGGGCGGAGUCGUUGCGAUGAUCCCUGUUUUUUAUUGUUAUUGAUUAAUCAACUCUUACUUAUGUUCCAAUUCGUCCCCCCAACGCUGACUGAGGUGUGGGCGAGGUGUAUGUGGGCUUGUAGUUAGGAUGGUGGUGUAAAAUGGAUUGCUGAUUCCCCUUCUUCGA